UGUGCGGUUCAGGGAACGGAUAUAGAAAAGCGGCUUAAUACUAUAAGAAAUCAAAGGAUAUUUUAAAUAACAAUAAUAUUUUUUAAAUAAAAAAUAAGGUGUGACACAAAAAAAAAUAUAAAAUAACACUAAUAAGUUUAACGCAUAAAAUAGUGUCAGUUUUUAUUUUACUUAAAAUAUUAAAUAAAUAAAACACUAAUGAUAAAAAGAUAUUAAGAAAGCAAGGAAUAUAAAAAUUAUCAAUCCCAAAAAGGUCCCUCCAUUUUUAAAGUGGAAUGUCAGUCACAUCAAAAGACUGUCUGAAAUUACCACACCCAACGGAUUCCUAUUCAACGCGAUAUGAAACAACCGUAGCAGCUAUUUCUUAACAAAAAAUCAAUAAAUAUGAAUUUAAAUUGCUGAAAGUGGUCUUUGGUGGGCAUAAAUAAGUUAUAUCGCAUAUGGUUCCAGGCGACUGAGUGCCCCAGUCACUUCUAAUCCUUCUCGUAAUUGACAUUUGAUUGGACGUGCCUGGCCAUGAGGACGGCCAACUUGCCACCUGUCCGCUGCGUGCCCAUGCAUUAAAUAGGCAGGGAAUCGAGCAGGAAGUCCAGCCACCACCCAAAACCCACCCAGCCCCCCGAAAAAACCCAAACAGCCCCACACACAUGACCGCGUCACGAGCGGCGAAACGAACGUGACACAUGGCGAUGUACUUUUAUGCCAGUAAGAUAUCAGCCAUCGCCUGCGGAAUGCGUUGCAAGCAGACCGUGCUGCAAAAGUCGCGGGGUCAGCGCGAUCGGGACAAAUGUCGCCAGCACCACCAUCAGCACCACCGGCGCCACCAUCGUCGGCGGUGCCACAUUAGCAGUGGCAGCAGCUCCGACAGCGAGUCUGCGGAUGACUGCUGUCCGGAGUUGGGCGAAUCGGGAGUGGAUUCGCAGGGAGCGGGAAUACAGGGACCUCCAGGCAGCAUUUUCGCGCUCGAUCCGGGACAUCUGACAGCGGAGAUGGCCCUUCUGAGCGGCAACAUUCGCUACCGGCGACGACACAGCGCCGAGCAGCUGAGUGCCUACGAUCUGGAAAUGGGGUUUCAACAAGUCGAGCUUGGCAACACAAAAUCAGUUGGACAGAACCAGGACGAUUUGGUUCAGUAUGAUGUGCCCAAAAAUCCGCACAAACGCAGCCAAUGUGAUAUUAAUUUUGAGAGUUCGGUUUUGGGGUUCGGUGGCAUUAUGUACAUAAACGGUAGAAUAGUUUCUGGACCAUUGGACUCCCUUGUCGAAGCUCUCUUGCCCAAGAAUGUCUUGGACUUAGAUAAGGAAUUUGUAUUCUCGUUUUUACUAUCCUGCCGCUUGUUCCUGCGACCCCAUGAAUUGCUGGGCAGACUGCUGGACUCGGUACCUGAAAGCGAAUGCCUGGAGUCCUUGGUCGCCCUGCUGACCGAGUGGACAACGAAGUUCCCCUACGACUAUCGGGAUGAGCGGAUGAUGAGCCAUGUCAAACAUAUCGUUGCCAGAUAUUCCAAUUCGCAUUUGGAAGCCGCUGUCUCCCAAACACUGAGUGCCUUACUAAAACGACUGACUGAUUUAGAGAGACAUGAGGCGGACCUACGAGCCUGCCAGACCAACGAAAAGUCUGCAGUAGAUACUCCACUCAACUGUCCAACGGCCACGCAGUACGCACAAAUCGUUUGUCGGCUGGAAAAGAAACUGGCCAAGCACAUUGGCGGCGAAGAGUUCCUUCAGUGCAGCAGCAUGAUUCUGCUCGAUAAACAGAAGAAAUGGGACCAACCAUCCACGUCGGGCGCACCGCCAGGAGCCCAGGAUCCGAAGAAGACGUGCAACCUGGAAACCUAUCUGGAUUGGUCGGCACGUCUCCGUCUGUUUGUCUGCAAUGAAAUACUGCAGAGCGGUGGAAUCGAGGAACGGAGCCGAACGGUGGAACUCUGGAGUGGUGUGGCCCAAUACUGCCUACUCGUGGGCAACUAUAAUAGUGCCACGGCCAUUCUGGAGUCCCUGGAAUCCCCGGCGAUUGCCAGGCUUAAAAUUACGUGGAGUAAAUUGCAAGUGACGUGUCAACAAUUGGACUGCAUGCAGCGCCAUGCCGAGGGCCAUGGACAUUUAUGGCAAAAGCAGGCCAUCGUCUUAAAUGAGCAGCAAGAGGGUCUCAAGACUGAUAAGCCGCCAAAGGAGCAGGCGGGGCAGGGAGCAGAAGGUCCUGGAGGCGGAACUUCCACACCAUCAACGGCCAUUGCAACCGCUCACUUGGAUGAGAGGCCACCGACAAGUGGGCGAGUGGCGGGCACAACAGGCACUUCCGCAACAGCUGCAACAAUGGAAACAGCUCCGGUGCCUGCGGCUGGCAGCAAUAAUGUGGAGGAUGCAGCAGCAGCAUCAGCACCAACGGCGGCAACAACCACACCGUUAGCAACAACGGGCAAGCCAAAUGAUUGGGUUGUUAUUCCAGUGUUUGCGGAUAUUGUUAAACUGGCAUUGGGCGAGCGUGAGAACUGUUUGCAGCGCUUAGCAAAUGGCCACAUCAAUAUGGCUGCCUUCGAUCGAAUGGCGGCCAUUGUUGGGGCAUUUACCAAACACAUGCAGGCGAUGAAGGCGGCCCAGGCGCCAUCUAGCGGGGAGUACGAGCACUUCUGCCGGCACAUGCAGCUAACUUCAAAACUUGGCGAGGCGGAACUUAUGAUGGCUUCAUUUGACUGCGAGGAACCAAACAAUGCUGAGAAGCUGAUGUACGAUUUAAACUAGUCGAGUACUUUAGGAUAAAUAUUGGCUUAACUAAACAUUACCGACUAAGAAUGCAUUUAAUGUUAACUGAAACCGAAACUGUAAAUACAUGUUAGGUCAAGCACUUAGAGACAUAAGGUGUUAAACGAUAAGUAGCUAACAAUAAUCAAAUUAGCUGUAAACACUAUUUAAAAUAAAUGACGUGUAAAGUAAUUGAAUAAAAAUAUUAUAAUAUUUGGCAUACAAAGCUU